GCUUCUCUAUAUAAAAGGCAAGGCUCUUUUGUUUGAUAAAGCUAUCAAAUAAGCUUAACAUUCACAUACAUAGGUAAUUCAUCUGUUAGAAUAGCAUGCCCUGCAAAACCUUCCUACUUGGCUGUUUCAAGGCCAAGAAUAUUAAUAACCCAACCUCUGAUCCAACUCUUGUCUCCAAAAAGCCACUCUCCAGGAGACUGUCCCUCUCUGAUUUGAGCAAUGUUUCUUCAAUCUCUAUCGUGAGUGAUUUGUCCAACUCUGUUCUUGGACCAAAUCUUCAUAUUUUCACCUACAAGGAGCUCCAAGAGAUCACCAACAACUUCAGCAGCAGCAGUGUUCUUGGAGAAGGUGGGUUCGGCAAGGUGUAUAAAGGCUUCAUUGAUGACAAGCUUAGGCCUGGGUUAAAACCUCAAGUUGUGGCAGUUAAGGCUUUAGACUUAGAUGGGAAACAAGGCCAUAGGGAGUGGUUGGCGGAAGUAAUAUUUCUGGGGCAGUUGAAGCAUCCCAAUCUGGUGAACUUAAUCGGGUAUUGCUGUGAAGACAAAAACAGGCUACUGGUAUACGAAUACAUGGAAAGGGGCAAUUUAGAGGACAAGCUUUUCAAAGGCUAUUUAGCAGCCUUGCCAUGGUUAACAAGAAUCAAAAUAGCGAUUGGGGCAGCAAAAGGUCUUGCUUUUCUUCACGAAGAAGAGAAACCAGUCAUAUACAGAGAUGUUAAAGCCUCAAACAUACUAUUAGAUGCCGAUUACAAUGCUAAACUCUCUGAUUUUGGGCUAGCAAUAGACGGUCCAGACGAGGAUCAAAGCCACAUCACAACUCGAGUUAUGGGUACCCACGGCUAUGCUGCUCCUGAGUAUAUUAUGACAGGACAUUUAACAACAAUGAGCGAUGUGUACAGCUAUGGGGUGGUUCUUUUAGAGCUACUUACAGGAAAGAGAUCUGUGGAUAAGAAUCGACCUCCGAGAGAGCAGGAUUUAGUAGUAUGGGCAAGGCCUCUUCUGAAAGAUAACCAGAAACUAGAAAGGAUAAUGGAUCCAAGACUGGAGGGUCAAUACUCCAGUGAAGGAGCCAGAAAGGUGGCUGCUUUGGUUCACCGAUGUCUGAGUCAUCAGGCCAAGACUCGACCAUCAAUGCGCGCAGUGGUCAAGUCAUUAGAGUCUAUCAUGAACCUCACCGACAUUCCACAAGGCCACUUUGUAUACGUCGUUCCUAACGAGGGUGAACUGGAAGGUUGGAUACAAAGUAAAAUUGAAAAAGGAGGCAAGACCGAGAACAGAGAGCAGAAGGUGGAGACGAAGGAGAAGGGCCGGCCGAGGAAUAGGAAAAAUCGAAGACGUAAACGACGGAUUAGACCCCUCAGGUCUCGUGCCGUUUACACUGAUACGACAUUGUAUAAAUCUCUUGGUUCUAGCUUGUACAAUCAAAUUAGUGUGAUAAAUUGAUAUUUAAUCUGCUUUUUUUUUUUGUUGCAUAAGAAAUAGAUAGGCAAUUAGGCAUAGAAUAGAAUAGAAUAGAAUAGCAAGGUAGAUAAGAAGAAAGCGAUAAUAGUGUACAUUAAACGUUUGUUUGUUUGAUUUCUGUGAAUUGGUAAUAAUUUAUGUAAAAAUGGUUAAUAUAAA